CGCAGCUCCCGCAGACGCGUAGAUGUAUCAGGCUCAUAACCAUCCGAGCGAAACCGGAAAGAGGCCUCGCGUAUACGCAAACUUGUACGUUGGCUCGUGCGCGCGGGAGAUUGUGUGAGUUCAGUCGGCGCGACGCGAGGACAGAAACGAGGCUCUCGCCCGUUGGCCAGUUCUGUCCAAGUAGCGAGUGGACACUCCAGUCAUUGGUCCAGCAUUCUACCGAUCAGACCUGUUUGCAUUUGACGGCAAGCUUUCGAUAUCAAAGUAUUCUCCGAUACUUGCGCGUUCACCCAGUGGCGUUCGUGCUUACGGUAGUUUAUAUCUCUUCUCAUUUUCAUUGUGUGGUGGGAGGGUGGUUAGUACGGCAAAACUACUGGAGAGACUGUAACAGAAAAAUGUCGGUUAUUGUGGAUUACUACAAGGAUCUUAUGUACAACAGAAAUGAUCCACGGACGCAAAACUGGUUUUUGAUAUCAAGUCCUGGGCCAUUAUUGUUGCUGAUUUUCUCAUACAUAUACUUUAGUGUGUCGCUCGGUCCAAGAUUGAUGAGAAAUAGAAAACCGUUCGACCUGAGAAAGACUCUAAUUAUUUACAACUUUAUCCAAGUCUUGCUCAGUAUAUAUAUUGUUCAUGAAGCACUGAUGAGUGGUUGGUUACACGACUACAGUUACACUUGCCAACCAGUCGAUUAUUCCAAUAAUCCACAAGCUUUGAGAAUGGCGAAAGGUGUCUAUUUUUAUUUCGCUUGUAAGCUGAUUGAACUAUUGGACACGCUAUUCUUUGUGAUGCGCAAGAAACAGCGCCAGAUCUCAUUUUUGCACGUCUAUCAUCACGCAAUGAUGCCGAUUUGUGCUUGGAUCGGCGUACGUUUCGUUCCGGGUGGUCAUGCUACUCUUUUAGGGCUAAUUAAUUCCUUCAUCCACGUGCUGAUGUACACGUAUUACAUGCUAUCAGCUUUCGGGCCAAAUAUGCAAAAAUUCUUGUGGUGGAAGAGGCAUCUCACGUCACUGCAGCUAGUCCAAUUCACCAUCAUAUUUUUCCACAAUCUCCAGGUUUUAGUCACUAAUUGCAACUAUCCGAAACCACUAUCAUUCCUGCUAUGCAUAAACGCUGCUUUAUUCAUAUACCUAUUUGGUUCCUUUUAUGUUAAAACGUAUAACGUGCAGAAGCGUCAGGAUAAAGAUAAAGGUUUAGCAUACAAUAAUCACAUUACGAACGGUCAUGUUAAAACGAAUGGUCAUUCCACUAAUUUGGUUGCCAACGGACAUGCAAAAACGAAUGAUAAAUCUGAUUAAUUUUGAGAAUCUAUAAAAUGAAGAAUUUCACGGUAACGAUAAGGCCGAAAAUGAAUUUGUGUCAUGAUUUAGAUAAUUGAUCUCGAGUAAAAUAUAGAAAAACAGAAACUUAAAGACCGGAAAAUCGUAAAACUUGUAAAAUAUCUUAAAAUAACUUAUACUUAAAUUUGAGAACAAACUGUGUAGUAAACAUUCAAAUCUAUUUACCAAAACUGUUCUAUUUCCUUUUUUAUAUUAAGAACAGUGAAACUCUAAUACUGAUCAUAUAUUGAUUCGAUUAUUAAUUUACUCUUAUGAAUUAACUUUUACAAGUAACGUAUUACCGGAUGCAUUUCACCUAUUAUAAUAGUCACAUUGUACAAAUAUUCUAUUAUUGUAAUGUAUAGUCAAUAUUCUACGGAAAUUUCGCAAAUCAACAUGUAUAAAAGAUAUAGAUUUGUUGUAGAUGUUGUGCCGUUAUCCGAAUGCUUUUUUCCGAUUUUGAAAGCCAAUGAAAUCCAUCUUUGUUAUCAAUCAAAUUAGAAUAUUUGUCAUCAUUGCCAUGACAUAGUGUAACAGAAAUAAAUCUCCUAUACUAUACAUAAUAGAUUAUAGUCGAAAAAGGUCAAUAAAAAAUUGCGUGUAAUAAAUUAUUAAGGCAAGUUAAGCUGUUUACCACGCGUAUUGCAAUAAGAACAAUUAUAUCUGAAUUGAGCUUGAUAUGAAUCUAGUAUAGCAUACUGCUCUGAUAUACUAUUGCAACAAAUUAUACGAUUUAGAAUGAAAGUGAAUGUCUGGUUGCAAAUCAAUUUUCUUCAAUGAUACUAGAUUUAGAUACUAUUUCAAAUUCGCAAAUUCAUUCCUACCGAGAGCCAGUCUCUUAUCGUCACGUUUGUUGAAAAUAAGACGAUGUACAUACAUGUUUUUAGAUUUUGAUUUAAUUAAGCUUUUUCCAGGUUUAUGUAGAAAAAUUCUUGACUCGCGGUGCUUUGUUAUAAAAUUGUUGUUUGAUACGGUUUUCCUUGUAACAAUUUGUAUUUCAUAGCGACGUGGAUUGAAUAUAGCGAUAGAAAACGCGGCAAACUAUUUAUAAAAAUAAUUAACCUAGCUUGAUUUUAAUUCAACCAACCCGAGAAUAUUUCGUUUAUUUUACAAUAAUUACAUUCGGAUAAUUAUACCGAGACGGACAUAAUUUUAGAAAAUAUACAAAAAGUCUAGAGGUUUUUAUUUAUUUUUUUUUCAGCGAGGAUUGAUUUUGUUUGAAUAAAUAAAAAUUAUAGACAACUUAGUUUAUUAUAGCUGUGUUCAUAAUUUAAAAAUAUUGGAAGUAUUUUAUAAUAGUGAAAAUAAAAAGAUAAUCAAAUUAUCUAUAUACCAUAAGAUCUAAGAUCAGGCUAUUCUAAAAAAAGUUAUAUUAAAUUGAGUAACAAUAUUUGUAGCAAUCAAUUAAAUUAUUAAAUUAAGAAUGAUUUAUGUAUUGUUAUAAAACUAUGAAAUUAAAUAUGAACUUAAUGUAAUAUUACGAAAUCUUUACAAAAUAGAUGUACGUUAUAUCGGAGUUAUUAUAGAAAAAUUAUAAAUUACUGCAUCGAUUUGGAUGUAAAACUGCGAUUCAAUCCAUUAUUAUCCGUACUAUUUGUGUAUCUUUUUAAAGAGGACCUGAAGGCUAAAUAUUAUAUUCUCAAUUCUGAAUAAAUUUUCAAGAUAAUAUUUGUAGCACGACUUUUUUACAGAAUAAAUAAAAACAUAUACAAAUUGUACAGAGAAAGGAUUAGUGUAGAAAUCCGUACAAAUUGUGUAAGUUUCGGUAACUAUAGUUUAUUUCUAAACUGCAGAAAAUUUCUGUUGUACAAGGUAGCCGAGUAUGGAAGGCUAAAAAAGUAGUUCUUAUUUAGAAAAUAAUCGACAAAGAUGUAAACCUCAAAGCGACUUUCGAGGUUUAUUUAUUAUUUAUAAAGGUUUUUCCGGGAGUUUCGGUUUAUGCAGGGGAUUUUUCAUGCAGACAAGAUGGAUCUUAUAGUUUUCUCGAUACCAGAAACAAAAUAUUCAUGUGUUUUUUUUCAAGAUCGAACUUUGUAUAUUCAAUUAUAUUUUAUGUGUUAGAAAAUAUAAC